UUCGCAGAGGAUGGAAUUGACGAUUUCGAUAUUGGACGGCCGCUUGGCAAAGGAAAAUUCGGUUCCGUUUUCCUCGCUCGUUAUAAGCCAGAACGUGUCGUAGUCGCAUUGAAGGUUCUGUUCAAAGAUCAAAUCAAGAAGCACAAGGUCCAGCAUCAAGUCAAGCGCGAAAUCGAAAUACAAUAUCAUUUGCGGUACGGAUGUUUGUACAAAUUUUCUGCAGAAUUUAGCAGUGACACGGUUGUUUCAAGGCAUCCCAACAUUCUUCGAUUGAAAGGCUACUUCCAUGAUGAACGCCGCGUGUACAUUAUUCUGGAAUGUGCCGAUGGUGGGGAAUUAUAUUCUCGCUUGAAGAAGAAGGGUAGACUCGAGGAACCAGAAGCAGCCCGAUAUGUUCGUCAACUUGCGGACGCACUCAGCUAUUGUCAUGCAAAACGAGUUAUUCAUCGUGACAUAAAACCAGAAAACAUUCUUCUAGACGGUAAAGGAAAUGUAAAGAUUGCCGAUUUUGGAUGGGCCGUGGUUUCUUGUCACUCACGUCGGGAGACGAUUUGCGGAACACUGGACUAUCUGCCACCAGAGAUGAUCAGUGGACACACACAUGACCACACCAUUCCUUCCAUCGUCAAAGAAGGACCUAGCGAUUUGAUGCGAAAGUUGAUUGUGAAGGAGCCGUGUAUG